AUGGGAUAGAAGAACUCAAAGCCUAUGCCUGAAUUCAUUUACAUGAAAAAAGAUAAUAACUAAUUGCUAAAAACUCUUUGCUAUUUUAAUAAGGAUGAUAGUGGCUAAAUAAUUGAAUUAGUAUUUUAAAAUGGCAGUUUUGAACAAAUUUUAGAAUCAGAAUUUAUCAAAUUUUUAGAUAGAAACAAAGAAAAAGAAAUUAAAAUAAUAACUACUCUUGGCGAGUAGGGAUAAGGAAAAUCUUUUAUUCAAAACUUUUUAAUCUCAAAAUUCUAAAAUUGUUAAGAUUAUUUAAUGGUCUUUCCUAGCUCUUAGAGAUGUUAGUCUGUAACAAAAGGUAUUUAAUUUUAUGCAAUAGAAUAUGAUAAACAAGUUUUGGUAUUUUUUGAUUGUUAGGGAUUUGAUUAUUCUGAUAAAUCAAAUUAUAUGUAAGAUCUACAAAAAUUAGUGUGUCUUAUUUGUAGGAUUUCAACUGUUAUUUUAUACGUACAUAUGAAUUCGAGAUAACCUAUGUAUCUUGCAAAUAUUUUAAACCUAAUAAACAUUGUGGACGAUAAUCAUUAUUAAAUAGUAAAUAAUUUAAUAGAAGUUAUUAAUAACUGCAAUGGUGACAAAAUUGAGAGUUACCAAGAAAGUUAUGAACAAAUCAUAAAAAAGGUAUUUCAAUGUGAACACGUUAGUUUUAAUUCUGAGUAUGAUGAUUAAUAAUACUCUUGUAAGAUAAAAAAUGACGAAAAUUUUAAUAAAUUUAUUUAAUAAAUUGAAUAGAUUUAACAAUUUUGUGAAAAAUCUUAAUAUAAAACUCCAUUCGAAAAUUGCAAAGCCUUUGAAAAGGAAUAGAACUGUCAAAGCUUUAAGGAAAUGUUGAUAUGUUGCUUUUAAAUCAUAAAAGAAGGCAUUAAAGGAAAUAUGAAUGUGAAUUAAUUUAUAAGUAUUAUCAAUGAGCAGCUUGUCCAAAAAUAAAUAUUCAAAAAAUAAAUUGAAGAAUCCAAAGAUAAAAUAAAAAGCUAAUAUUCUAAAAGAGCUAAAGAAUUAAUAGAAUAUUUAACUAAAAGUCAUGUUUCUUAUGCACUAAUUGAUUUUUUAACUAUAUCUUCUUAUAAUUUAAGUGAAAUAACGCUCAAAUAAGAAUUGAAAAAUUCUAUAUAAAAAUGGAAAAUAGAAUUUUAAACAAAACUUAAUGAAAUUUUUACAGAUAAUUAAAUUCUUUUAAAUGAUGUUCAAAAAGAAAAAAUUAUUGAUUAUUACUCUAAUCUUGAAUCAAUUAAACCAUCAGAAAUGAGAAUUUAUGAAAAAAUGAAAAAAAAAUUAAAAAAAGUAAGAAAUUUUAGUGCUACCUUAAGUAAAGUAAUUAAAAAAUGUUCUUAUAUUUUAAUUAUUAGUUUAGAGUUGGUUCCAGUAGCCUUUAUAAAACAUUUUAUAGAUAAUAAAAAAAUGAAAAAUAAAAUAUUUAGUGAUAAUAAUUAUUUAAUACAAAGAUUAAUUGAAUAAGAAAGUUAAAGAAUAUUUGAUAAAAAUAAAAUAUGUUAGAAUAUUGAACAUUUAAAGAAUAUUUUAGAAUAAAAAUUCAAAGUUGAUUUAAGUUAAUUAAUAAAUAAUUAAGAAGAUUAAGAUAUAAUAAUCUUUAUCAUAUACUGUAAUCUAAUGUAAAAAUCUCUAUAUUAUUUUCCUGAAAACAAAGAAACAUUUGAUACUGAUUAUUAAAUUAUCUGA